GGCUGGCGGCGGCGCGGGGCCGCCCGGUGCUGCCGAGCGCCCCCGGGCCGCGGGGCCGGGGCAGGGCGAGGGCGGCGGCGCGGCGCGGCGCGGCGCGGCGCACCGGGGCGGGCGGCGCCGGGAUGGCGCAGGCCAGUGAGGCGCUGACGCGCGCCCCGGCCGCCGGCGCGGCCAUGGACAGCAACGUCUUGGCCAUCGUCGUGGCCGCGACGGUGUCCACGUCCGUGUUCAUCGUGGCGAUCCUGAUCCUGCUGCUGCUCUUGUACCACCGGGACCCCUUGUGCUGCCAGUUCCUCUGCUCGUGCCGCUUCUUCCAGAGUCCGAGCCAGUAUGACUGCCCCCCUCCGUACUUCAGCAGCAGCCAGCGGCUGGUGGGACCCCAGCAUGGAGCGUCGCGACUGGAGAGCGCUGCCGAGAACCCCGGCAUGCAGGGAGAUGAGCUAUUCUGCGUUGGACCCCCAAGCAGCUACCAGCUCCCUUCCUGGGAGCAGCCUCGCUUGCCGAGCUAUGAGAGUGUGCGGAAGAAAGAUCGCCAGCGGGAAAUCCACCAGAUGAUCGCUGAGAGGUUUGGGCUGUGGGCAGACCCUUCCCAGGAGAUGCCGCCUCCCUACGAGCAUGCUCUAAGGCAUCCUCCAGCUUUCUCAGGAACAGUAGUAAGCUCAGAGACCUUGGACAGACAUGGCACGCCAGACCCUUUCCAGGUCCCUGUCAGCUACCAAACUCAGAGGAACACAGCAGUGGAACCGCCAAACCUGAGACCUUCACCCAGAUUUGCCAUCAGCUGAGAAAUACAGGCAAGUCGGACCCAGCCAGUGGAGACUUCCAUCCUGCAGCACAAGGAUAACAGCAGAGCCACAACCAAAUAUUGCUCUUCGUUCAGGAUAAUCAGGGAUGUCUGCCUGCUCUUCUCUCUGGCGAAUGUACUGUUACCAGAGGCUAAGCUGCUUCGUUCUACGCAGGGAGCAAAGCAAAGGUGAAGGUCUGCUCUGCCAGAGCCUGUUGAGGCAGCUGAGCCUAACGUACCUCUGUGAGGCUGUGGCAAGUACUGCCAAGCAUACAAGCAUUAGACCUCAGAAGGUGGCCAUGUUCUACUACUACACUUAUUUCUAAGAUUAUAAAAUGGUUUUCUUCAGCGUAUCAGAUACCAGUGGGACUCCUGACCUGAGAGUAACAGAAUGAAUCCGCAUCAGAGCAUUGCUAUGUGCUCUCACAGCAACAUUCCUCUGGGAUUUAGAGCAAUUUUGUUUGAACUUGAGAUAAAGAUUCAGGUGCCCAGGAGAUUCCAGAUUCAAGAUCCAGGAGCUUGUGUUACUUGCAGUGCUGACUGCAAAUAGAGACCAACAAGAUGAACUGUGUGAUUGGACAUGCACCUGGGAAAGGAUAAAAGCAUGGAGGGACUAGCUGGUGGUCUCUAUGAAGGACAAAGAAGCAAAUGGGGAAAUAUGUGGUUAACCCAGUUUACUUAGUCUUCUUUUGCAGAGCAGACAAUCUAGUAAUGUCAACACUGGUGUCAUUACACUACCAAUUUUGAUACCGUUUUCUACUGCAGAACAAUUGUUUUAAAAAUUGUUUACAAAGCUGUAGAUAAAGUGAGAUCAGUUUGGCCAUCAGGCA